UAACCAAACGAUCUCUGAAAUAGAGAGCUAAAAUAAUUGGCUAUUUUGUUUGCUCAGAUGAACUAUCGAGGAAGAAAAAUUCAGAAAUUCUGAAUUUAUCCUCCAAAAAAAAUGGCUAAUUACUCCAAGGUUCAUGUUUGUCUGUCGACGGUUCGCCGGAACUCAACGGUGAUGAUAAUGGGAGAGAGGAGGAAGGCGGGCAUGGAAUUUGUUGAGGGAGUUUUGGGCCUGGCCCAUGGGCUUAUUCAGUUGGGCCUUAAGCCCCGUGACGCCGUCGUCAUUUCCGCUCUUAACAGGCAUUUGAUUGAAUGUGAUUCCAUGGAAAAUUCAGCAUCAUUGAAGGAGGAGGAGGACGUGAUUCCCGAAGAAGCGAAGCUGAAAUUGAAGAAAUUGGCAUCAGAAUGGGACGAUAUAGUGGAUCCGAAUGCAUUAGAUGUAUUCAGAUUGAAGGGGGCGAUGACGAACGAGGUGUAUCAAAUCAAAUGGCCCAGUAGGAACCCGGAACAACAACGAUCUAGGAAGGUGUUGGUGAGGAUCUAUGGUAAAGGUGUUGAUGUGUUCUUUGAUCGGCAGAAUGAAAUUAGGAUUUUUGAGUUCAUGUCUAAGCAAGGCCAAGGACCUCGCUUGCUUGGUCGCUUUCAGAAUGGGCGUGUUGAGGAAUUCAUUCGAGCUCGGACAUUGUCAGCUCCUGAUCUGCGUGAUCCAGAGAUAUCUUCCUUGAUAGCUGCCAAAAUGAGAGAAUUUCAUAUGCUUGAUAUGCCUGGUCCUAAGACUGUCAUCCUCUGGGAUAGACUGCAAAAUUGGCUUAAUGUGGCCAAAGGUCUGGCUUCUACUGAAGAAGCUAAGGGCUUUCAGUUGGACCUUCUAAAAGACGAGAUUGUAUUGUUGGAAAGGAAUCUUGCUGGCAAUCAUCUAAGCACGGGAUGCUGCCACAACGACUUGCAGUAUGGGAACAUAAUGAUGGAUGAAGAGACAAGAUCAAUAACCUUUAUUGACUAUGAAUAUGCUGGUUACAACCAUGUUGCAUUUGAUAUAGCAAAUCAUUUUUGUGAAAUGGUUGCUGACUACCAUACAGAAACACCUCAUAUUAUGGACUUCAGAAAGUAUCCUGGUCUGGAGGAGCGCAAAAGAUUUUUGAGUGCAUAUCUUUAUAGUUCAGGUCGCUCUCCCAGUGAAGAGGAACUGGAGAAAUUAGUUCAAGAAGUGGAGAAGUAUACUCUUGCCAGUCAUCUUUUUUGGGGUCUAUGGGGAAUAAUAUCGCAUCAUGUCAAUAAGAUAGACUUCGAUUACUUGGGGUAUGCUAGGCAGAGGUUCCAGCCAUAUUGGUCAAAGAAACCUGAGCUAUUGGGAUCAUCAGGUUCCAAGAAAGGUUAACAUGAAACCAAUGACUUCUUUGAUCCAUUUGUUGAUUUACAGAGAGUAGUAGUUGUUAUCCCUUGGGGUUUUGCUUGAAGAAAUACUUUUUUUUUCUCUUUCAAAAAUCGAGUCUCUUGAUGGAAUUUUUCUGGUGAUGAAGUUUAUCAGCUAAGUCUAGGAUUAGAUCAUCAAGUGUAUUAGCAUUUCUGUCAAUUUUGCUUCCUUUUCUUGUGUAAAUCUCUACAGAGGUGCUGUUUUUUUUUUCUUCUGAAAUAAUGCAUAUGCAAGUCUAUUUGUUUAUUUGAAAGAUUAUACAGAGAAAUAAAUAAAGAUCUAAUGGGUGUUUCUUGGAUGAA